AUCGGAUCGGAUGGGAUCAGGAUGUUCGUCUCCAGCUGCAUUCGCCUGGCGAAUCCGCUGAGGACGAGUUUGCAGGCCAUCAGCUACUUCUCGAUGAACUCCCGAUCCGGGCGGAAAACAAAAUUCUGGUCCAAGGCGUUCGGGAAAUACCUGUUGGUGACGAACACCGUGGGCUCGGGACUCCUCCUCGCCAUCGGAGAUGCGGUGGCCCAGCAGUACGAGCGACUGGGUGAAAGCAAAAGAGCCUUCGACUUCAACCGCUCGGGAUGCAUGGUGCUCACGGGAUUGGCCAUUGGGCCCGUGCAGCACGGGUUCUAUCUGCUGUUGGACAGGGUUGUACCCGACAACAACCGAUGGGGCAUCCUGCGGAAGAUCCUCGCCGACCAGCUGGUCAUGUCGCCCAUCUACAUCCUCAUGUUCUUCCACAUCAGCAGUCUCCUGGAGGGCAAGAGCAUCGCCGAAUGCAAUGCCGAACUGUACGAGAAGUUCCUCUUCACCUGGACGAUGGAUUGCUGCUUUUGGCCGGGUCUGCAGUAUCUGAACUUUCGCUACUUCAAGGCACUCUACCGCGUGGUAUUCGUCAAUCUGGCCAAUUGUUUGUACGUCGUUAUUUUAUCGCACAUAAAACACGGCUUUUCCAUCCCAUAA